ACAUUGAUUCCCUCUAUUUCACAUCCUCCAUCGAGCGAGUGUCAAUUUACCACCGACGUAAUCUCCUGUUGUGAAUAAUCUGCUUAUUGAUUUCAACGCGGAUGGAGACUGAAGGCCAGUGUUUAUGGGAUUCGAAUAAACAGGGAGCUUGUGGAGGAGUUGAAAGUGAGACUGGUACGUGUCCAGGUGGUGGUUAGGCCAGAUAUCGUUUGGCUUUUCGUCGUAGAGACGAUCGUGUGGUGAGUGCCAUCAAGCUGGAGCUGGCAAAGAGGCAUUUCCUGAGGGGAAACGAACAAAGAAGAGGAGAACACAACAGUCGUUGAGACGAUAAACACGAGCUGUUCCCUUUCCUCACGAUACAUCAACGUGUGAUCAGCACAUCGGGAAUCCCUAAAAAGCGGAGAGAGUCUACCGGUGCCAGUACCAAGUGCCGUACAAGGACCAGAAGCAUUGGAUAACCUCGUCACUGUGCGAAGACAGAGCCUACCUGGGAUCGUUUAAGAAGCACGUCCCCCGAGACCCCCCCAGCCAAAAUCACACGCCUCACCUCACCCCUGUCCUCCUUAUCCUCUACCGUUCCCUUCUCCCCAAGUGUCAAAGCAUCACAGCGUUAUCAGACGCGAGAUAAUAUCAAACAGACUGGUGGAUCUGGUAUGGACGGUAUGGAUAAUAAACCAGUGCUCAAUGAUGACCCCUCGGUCACCCUCACCAUUCGUCUCAUUAUGCAGGGAAAAGAAGUGGGAAGUAUUAUAGGCAAGAAGGGAGAGAUCGUCACGAGGUUCCGUGAGGAAUCAGGCGCCAAGAUAAACAUAUCUGACGGCUCGUGUCCAGAGCGAAUUGUCACUGUGACUGGGCCAACGAACUCAAUUUUCAAGGCAUUUACACUGAUCUGCAAGAAAUUUGAAGAAUGGUGCUCGCAAUUUCACGAUGUACAGGGUGGUGGUGCAGGUGGUGGUGGUGGUACCACACGAACACCAAUAACCCUGAGGCUCAUUGUACCGGCAUCACAGUGUGGCUCUCUCAUUGGAAAGGGUGGCUCCAAGAUUAAGGAGAUAAGGGAAGUCACUGGUGCACUCAUUCAAGUUGCCUCGGAAAUGCUACCGAGCUCGACGGAGCGUACUGUCACCAUUUCAGGAACCAGUGAGGCCAUCACUCAGUGCAUAUACCACAUUUGCUGUGUCAUGCUAGAGUCCCCUCCCAAAGGUGCCACGAUCCCUUAUCGCCCCAAACCCCAAGUUGGUGGGCCAGUGAUCCUGGCUGGUGGGCAAGCAUACACCAUCCAGGGUAAUUACGCGGUGCCCGCCCACUCGGACGUAAGUACAGUAUUGUCAAUGCCGGUAUCCGCUGCCGGGCCUGCCCCACCCUCGCUGAACGCCCAAACUCUUACUGCCUCGCCUUUCGCGGCCGCCCACCCCUCCUCGCCCUUCGCUUCACACGGCCAUCCGCUGAUCCCGGCCCAUCUCACUGGACCCCAUCAUCCGCUACACCCGAGCCCCUUACACGCAAGCGUGGCAGGCCUCGCCGACCCCCUGCUGAAGAGUGGACACUUGCAGGCAGCCCUCCCGCCCGCACUCGUGGCAGACGCCAUGGGCAAACUUGGGAGCAAUCCACUGGCUGGACUCGCUGCACUUGGUCUCGGAGGGUUAGCUACGCCUGCAAACACAGGAGGUCUGAACCCAGCUGCUCUGGCAGCCUUAGCUGGAAGUCAAUUGCGUACGAAUCACACAAACAGGCAGCAGCCGGCGGCUAACAAUCAGACGCACGAGAUGACAGUGCCAAAUGAACUUAUCGGUUGUAUAAUCGGUAAGGCUGGCACCAAGAUCGCCGAGAUCCGCCAGAUAUCCGGUGCUAUGAUAAGAAUUAGCAACUGCGAGGAAAGAGAGGGCGGCACUACAGAUCGUACAAUAACAAUAACUGGAAAUCCAGACGCCGUGGCGUUGGCACAGUAUCUCAUCAACAUGAGUGUCGAACUGCAGAAAGCUAACCUAGAGGCCCAAAAUACCCAAACCCCUGGCAGCGGCACCAAUCCCGGGGCAUCCGGGGCCAGUGCUUCCCCUUCUACCACUACUACCACUGCCUCUCCCUUGGCCAGCGCAAUCCCCUUGGCUCAGCUGCUAAGCAAGCCAGGUGCCCUCAACGCCCUAUCUAGCCUGACAGCUCUUGGUGGCCUUACGGAAUUACUUGGCGGUGCCGGUGGUGCCGCCACAACACAACUACCUGUCCAGACAACUGGUGUACAUCGUUCACACAAGUCAUUUACACCACGUUUACGCAGUCCUGGUGCACCAGGACCAACUGACAGCGGUAAAUUCAAGUCUGAGAGGACCAAGUACAAUCCCUACUGAAUUAGGGAUUGAGAGGGAGAGCUGUUGGAGGAUUUUCAACUUGUCUCACUAUUCCCGGGGUCCUCGAUGACCCUACAAUUUUUUUUUCAUUAUUUGAGGAUUAAAUGAUAGAGAAUAGACAGGAGGAAGUGGUGGAAUGGAAUCAGGUGAAGAUGACGUUUGGUUAUUGACGUAAAUCAAGAGGAUCAAUGGGAAUAAUGAAAAUUAUAUGACUAUGUUGAGACUAAUUUCGUUAGUUACAAAAAAUGAGAGUGAUUUCAUUCAAAUAAUAUAGUUUUAUUUGAGUACAUUUAUUGAUUCUUCUUUUAUAGAGAGAUUUUUAACAUUUUUCCGUAAACCCCAUGGUCAUCAAGAUGAUGAAGCGGUAAACAAAAGUCUAUUUCCUGGGUUUCACCAUUUCAUCUGCUAUAUAAAAAUAUUUCAACCAAACUAUUAAAAUUCAGUGCACUCCGAGAAAUGUAUUUUCUCCCAGACGAAUAUGUUCGUGUGCCAAGGAUUAUGCUUUAAUAAAUUUGUGUAAGAAUUUUGUAAACGCGACAGGCAAAUUCUGGGAGAAAAUCAAAGUCCUCGUCUCGAUUUUUGAUAUAAUAAUUUUUUGUUGAUGGUAUUAUAUUUUUUAUAAUUAAUUUUUCAUGGUUAACGUGAGAAUGAAGUAUCAUUAAAUAUCUUCUUUUUUCUUUUUGGAUUUUUUUUUCGGCAAGAGAGCUCGGAGUGCUGUUAAUAUCAACACGAGAUAUGUUCUUUUAAAAAUAUAGUUAUCAUUACUGUGGAUUAUUACUGUAAUGUUAUACCCGGCAUAAGGAUAAUGGUGAAAAAAUCAUAAUUAAGUACUAAUGGAAUAACAUAAAAUUGUCAGAUAGUACGACAAAUUGCGAAUGAAUUCUGGGUCAGAAACGUUAGCAGUUUUACAUUUAGUACGUAAGACAGAUUGAAAUAAUUUUCAUUGAAUUUUAUAAUUCAAUUUUUGUCGUCAGUACGAUUUUCUCCUUCUGUCAGCUCGCAUUUUUUACAUAUGAAAAAAAAACGUGAGAGAAUGCAGAAGUGAGAAUAAUGAGCAAACAGUGAGAAUGUUUUUGGAUCGUGUAUUUUCAUUAAGACAGUGUAAUAUAAGAAAUUGUAAUGGCACAGACCUGCGGCCGACUAGCACGAAUAUUACUAUUUAAUCCUCAAUUGAUUGGAAUUAAUUAAUAGAUGAAUCAUGUCAUUGAGCAAUUGAGAUUGGAAAGAUAAACGAAAUAUUCCGGAAAAAAAUUAUUAGUUCUGUAAUUCACGAAAAAAAUAAUUUUCAUUAAAUCCGCUAAUUGGUGAGCUUAACUACACAUUAAUGAAGUAAUAAAUGAUGGUUAAUUGGCCAUCCAUGAAUGUUAUACAUAAUAAUCAUUCGAUAAGUAAGGAAUAUACAUGAACUAUAAAUAUAUGUGUACCGUAUCAUUAAACAAUAGGUGAGUCUGUGUAAAUGAGUACUUUUGGUUUAUUGAAAAAUGUUCCCGAGAAUUCAAUAUUCAUUGAAUUUUCAGUCGUGUCACUGCAGUGACAGGCUAUUCUCGUUGUCCUGACUAUUUCGGUAUAGGAAAUCGUUAACUCUGUUUCACGAGUUUAAUGUCACUGUUUUCUCCACUCAAUAUUUGUCAGAAAAAAAGAGGAAAAAAUCCUGGAGAAGUAUCUCCCGGUCAAUAAUUACGUACGUGCUCAAUCCUAGUUUAUAAUUUUUUAAUCGUUAGGUGAAUUGCAGGCAACUGAGAGAUCAUAUUCUCUGCAAUAACUCUUUGCUUUUCUAGUGAAUGAGUCGAUUGUCAAGUUUAUGAGAAUGGGAAAAUGGAGGUGAUUAAAACGAGAAGAGAUACUUUAUGAUGGAGUUUUAGCACUACAUCUGGCUAUUUGUAUGGGAUAAGUCGAUUAACCUGACGAUUAGCUAUUGACAACUGAAUAAUAUACAUUGUGUGGCUUAGCAGAUACUCUGGCUAAAUUGUAUCACUGUUGAAGUAAAGUUAGGCGUGUUUAAUACAAAAAUAAAGGUGAACAAUUACACAAAGGCGAAUGUUAUUCUCAUUGAGACUCGAUGGAGAAAUUUUUGUUUUUCUUUUCUUUGUGAAGAGAUUCGGCUUUAAGUUUCGUUUUACAGGGCUUAUUUACCGUUUACAUCAUCAUUUUCGUUAUUCGUUGGGUAUAUUUCGAGGAAAAUACCGGGUGUAGAAGAGAACGAAAAGAGAAAGAGAAUAUUUUUUAAGAGAGAAAAAAAAAUUUGUUGAGAAGACGAUAUCCAUCCAACCAACUCUGACCCAGGCUCCUGCCCAUCUUCGGAUAUCGAUGGAGACCGCUGGUAUUGCAAUGCCAGCAUACCACUAUAUCGCACCGAAUCACAUCGUCAAGUCACCGAUUCACUAAGAACGAGAAUUACAGAUAAAUUAAAACAUUUUGUUUUUCUGGGGCACGAGAGGGAGUUGUUGGUAAUACGAGGGCGAGAGAAAUUCAAGUGAGGUAUAUUGCGGAGUGGAAAGAGUAAGUGGAAGUUAGAACACCUAUCUAAAGAAUACAUUAAGCAUCAACAUUCAUGGGGAAAGACAUUGAUAAAAGUGCAUCAAUGAUGAGCGCCGAAAAUUGUACAGAGACAGGGAAAUGGCGAUUCUGGGAGAGAAACCAAGGCUAGAUGACGAGAGAAAGAGAGAGAAAGAAAAAAAAAUUAAUUAAAAUAAUUAAACAAAAAAAUAAAAACAACAUAAUAUUGGACGUUGCAGCUGUCGAGCUGCCGCCGAUUGGUAAAGGGAACAAGCCAAAGAUAUGUUAGUUUUCAUUUUUAUAUUUAAAAAGAAAAACAAAAUGAAAGAUACGAGGGAGUCUAAAAAGUAAUGAACAAGAAGUUAUUAUCAUUAUAUUAAUGACUACGAUAUUUUGUUCUUUUCCUUCGUUGUUAUUGAAUUAUUUCGAGGGGAUGAGGGAACUUUUGAUGAAGCCUGAUGAUGUUAAACGAUAAAUAAUUCGGAAUAACAGGGUUUGCAUUGACAGUUGAAACUAAUGAGAAAUUGUUUCUCCUUCAGCUCUUGAUCAUCUGGUGAAAAUGAUAAAUCUGGGUUCCCUCGUCUCUACGAGGGGCGUGUAAAAAGUACUAGGCUCGGUAAGGGAUUAUAAAAAAAGAUAAAAAAAUAGUAAUUGCAUUGAUGCCAAGCAUAUGGAGGGUAAUUAAUUAAUAGUUGAAUUAGCUUCUGCAUGUGGGAAGGAUAAUAAAAACAAAUUACAGAGGUAAUAGGUAAUGCAGGGGAUAACACCGUCUCUCCGAAACUGCAAAAGCACUAUUCAGAUGUCCGGAAAUGCAGAACGAUGAAAUAAGGAAAGAACUCGGGGGGGAAAGGGAAGCAUGUUUAGCAGUUGAAAAAUUGAUUCGACUCUGUGAAUGAAAGAGAGCCGGAUAUUCUCAAUUAUUUUUUGUUAAUUAUCUUUUUGUUGAAUGAAAACAAAUAAAUUAUGUGGAAUAUUAAAUAAUGAUAUAUUAUAUACAUAUGGAUAUAUAUAAACUAUAUUUAUUAUACGAUAAAAGAAGAAUUAAUUAGUGGAGAAUAGGGCUAUAUGUGAGGAGUUUCAAAGUAUUGGUACUUUGGAUCGGGAGAUGUCAUGCGAAAAUAUCCUGUCAACUCCCUAAACAAUAAUUUUUCUCCAAUUCAUUUUUGUUAUUUAUUUGACAAUUAAUGUUUUUUUUUAUAAAUUUCUAAUGACUGAUAGAUAAAUUUCGAUAAGAAAAUUUAAUUGAUAAUAAAAUUCAUAUCCGAGUGGACACACACACAUAUCCUUCCUCAAGCGUGCCAAAAGAAAAACUUGAAAUGGUAUUAACCAGUGCUUCCUCUAGAAAUCUUGAGCCAUCAGAAGAUGAAUUAUUCAAAAUUCUCUCGCCUCGGUUUAUUUAUCUUCCAGUAUCUUCCCAUUUCGACUCCUUUGAUCUCAUUUGACAGAAAAAUUGCAUCAGCAAAACGAAAAAUUGAUCUAAAAUUUAUUCUAAUUAAUUUAUUACGGUUUCAACUGUAAUUGUAAAUACGAUUAAUUGUUGUAAAUAUUUGUUGUAAUUGUUUAUUUAUUUACAAUUCAUUUUUUUCUAUGCAGAUCAAAAGAAAUGAUAAAUUGUGAAGCUCAUUCGAUGUUAAUGCGCCAAUUGUUCCUGGUUAUUUAUUUAUUUAUUUCUAUUUAUUUAAUUUAUUAUCGUUCGCUGUGACUCGUUUGUGAUGAGGAGUUGCUCGAUUUCCCUACAGCUCAAUCAAAAACCAAGGGGAAUAAUCAGUUAAAUAUCUCCUAGAUCCGAGGCGAGACUCGACGAAAUCCCCUGACUCUCCCCCACCUGAUAUCAACAAUUAUCAUCAGUUUACCCUCUUUAUUUCCCUGACCCAAAGGUACACAGAUAAGAGAAUAAACAAAAACACCGGGGAAAUGCUAUGAAAAACCUAGCCUCUGCGUUUAAACGAACUAAACUGAAAUGAUUAAAAAAAAAAUGAAGAGAUUAAACGAGUUAGUGAGAGACGCUGUAUGAUUGUGUAUAUCAACAAUAAAUAAUUGCUGUGAUUAGAAUCGGUUUAUAGUAAGUAGUUAAGGACUAAAAACUUAGAUACAUUGAAAAUGUGAAGGCUUUUCGAGUGCACGAAAGAUUAGCAAUUUUUGUUUUUUUUCCUCCAACGAUCAUUAAUAAUAUCGAAUUUAACUUGAAAAAAAAAUGAUAAAAAAAGUAUCAUUCAAUGUAUAAAAUGGCCCCUGUGACACUGCUGAAUGACUUGGAGUGCAGAAGUGUCUGUUUGUAUGAUUCAUUGAGAUGAUGUUUAGACACAAUGUUAAUUCAAUGUCUCAAGCAUAUCUGGUUUAGGCUUUACUCAAUAAUUGUAAUGUCCUUGCUACCCAAUCUGAAAAGUUAUUAAACAGUUACAUCAGUGGAAAUUGAGUGAUUAAUUGAUUAAGGAACAACUUGAUGGAUUAUCUCUAUGUUUAGGACAUCUUAUUCAUGUUUCCGAGAUUAUUUUGGUGUCGUAGAGCAAUCUAUUGGUGCAGGGGCCUUAUCCUUACUACUUGGAUGCUGUCAAGGUCCUUAACUUCACCAAUUUAACACAAAAAUAAAAAUUGAGAGAGGACACUUUAAUCGUCAAUAGCUUGAAAUCGGCGGAAGGAAAUACGAUAUUUUUUUUCUUUCGAAGCUUGUGAAAAUACCUUUCAAACAAGCCCUGAUUUUUCAAUAUCACACUGUCUGAGGACGAGACAUUGACGGUUAGAAAAUGCCGAUUCUUUCCCUUUCUAAAUUCAGAAUCAUGUGCAGUUUACAAUUGCUCUGAUUAAAUAUCUAUUUAUCUCGAUAACUAGUGGUUCUGUAGAAAAAUGUCAUGAGACUUUUUUAUUGAGCAUUACAUUUUCCAUAAAAAACAUUCAAUGAUAUCUUCCCGCAGAUCGGCUCAUUUCCGAGAUAAAUUAAAACAAUUCGUCUGUCUCUUCACUUCUCAUUACCAAAAUGAAAUAAACUUGAAACAGACCUCGUCAGCCAUCCAACUCUACCGUAACGCAAGGCAAUCAGCUAAGAAAUAACUUAGUUUUUAUAGAAUAUUGAGUAGCCUCGUGCUACUCAUAAUCUCGAUACUGCGUAAAAAUCGAGAGUUUAAGGAUGUUUAAACCUAAAUAAAACCCAUAAAAAAAAAACAAUUUUACGUGGCGUUCCGGCGCUGUAUUUUUUGUAUGGCGUUAAUCGCCUGAGAAAGUUAUAACUAUAAAUGUGCAGUUCUAGUGCCAAAAUAAACAGUCAAGUGAAUUUAACGGGUGGGAAGUAUCGAGGGGAGGAAAUACUAAAUCAACCACAAAUCGAUCUGACGAAAAAUGAUUAAAACCAAGGACCGUGCCAAUCGACGUGCCAAAUAUCUCUUCUUCCCUUGAUACCACGAAACAAAUUGUUUUUCAAAGUUCGUAAAGUGCAUGAAAAUCAUUUUUUUAACAAAACCCAAAUGCCGUGCUUUAUCUUCCACAACCCCUGGGAAUCAAUAAAGAAAUCUUCAUUUUCAUCGUCAAAGGGAUGAAACUAAAUGAGCAAAACCUCCUUAUGUUUUCCCUCACUCUUGCGUAAUCGCUGCUGAGCAAAGAUAACACGAGCACAUGCCAAUUCAAGUGUAAAAACCCUUUCCCCACAGCCUCUCUUCCUUGCUAACUCACGAUAACGAAAGUCCUCCCCCUCCGGAAGUCUCGGCAAAUCCCCGGAAGAGGAUUAUUCGCGGAAUAAACCGGCGAUAAUUUAUCGGGGGGAAAAAAUACAAUUAAUAAUCGCCGAAUAUUUUGGUCAAGAAUUUGUUAGGGCAUACGCUGACCCUGCGUUUCACGUGUUGCAAUUGAAUUUGAAUUAUUACCCUCGGCCAAUGUCAACUUACGUUAUGAAGCCUUUACGAAACAGGGUCAUAAAUACUUAUGUGUUAAUAAUAAAUAAUUAAAGAAUUUAAUAAACGGGGUAUUUUGAAUGAUAUGCGCGAGGCGAUAGGGAGAGUAACCGAGUGAAUUUCAGUGAUUAAACGCAAAUUUUUCUAUGUGUAGUAGAAGACGUUGAAAAAAAAUUUCAGGGGAAAUCAACUGCUGCGGAGGGUUUUGUAAAUUUUUUAAUGAGAUAUUAUGAAGUUAAGGAGUUGAAAAUCUGUUGAGAUUUCGAUUGAAUUUCUAGGAGAUUCGAAUAUUAAAGGGAAAAAAAGGGAAUUUUCAAUAUCCCUUUUAAUAAUUUCCACAUUUACUUGGAUUAUUAAUUAAUAGAAAUAUUGUAUGCCAAGUAACACCGCAUUUUUAUAAUAUUUGUCUGGAUUUUCAUUAUUCCUAUUGAUUUUCCUGUAACAAUUAAUUAAAAAUGCAGAGUUUGCAUUGAUAUUUUAUAAUUUAGUUUUUUCUUCAAAUUUUUACCAGAAAAGUUUUGAAAAAGACACCAUGGAUAAAACUUGUAAAAUUAAUGCUCAAGAAACCCAAAUCCAAAUAUUAAAAUUCCCUCAGAAAAUUUCACGUACUCUUAAGAAGAAGUGAUUUCCCCUAGUAUUUUUUUUUCAUCUGCAAUCGAAACACGUGAAAAAAAUGGUAAUCGAUCCUCCCCCUCGGAGAUUCGUUCAAUGUAAUGGCGAAAACUGUCGACUCCUGAUUAUCGACAAAAUCGAUGUUUCGCCUGCAUAUGGCAAUGUUAAAACGUGUAACAAAAAGAAAUUGAAAUGUAAAUUCACAAGAUAAAAACAAAUGGAAAAGUCGAAAAAAAUGAAAAAAAAAUUAAUCGAAGUAACUCGCUGGAGGCGUAUGAAAUUCCGAUGGUUAGCGGUCGGUACCGGCUAAUUAUGAAAAAAAGUACAUUAUUCCAGGGUAAAAGCUAAACUUUUUUGUAAAAAUGUCUGGGUAAACGCAAUAUUUAUGUAAAAAAUCAUUAAAGCGUAAGAGGAGCAAGCGAAUAGUUAAGAAAAAAAUAGUUUAAGCGUUGAAAAAAAAACAAAUAAUGGAAAAAAAGGGAAACUAGUUGUAUGGAUGAGUGCGUGAGUUGCAUAUUAAUUAUAAAAUCGUUAAUUAAAAAAAUGUAGUGAUGAGAGAGAAGUGUGGGAAGACCGAGUAAAAAAAUUGAGCGAAAAGAGAAGAGAAUGAGAAUAAGGGGGGACUGAGGAAGGAAAUGAGAAUCUCUUUUUGAGGUAUACACAUAAUAUAUGGUUAUCAUAUUCUUAUCAUUAUCAUUACCGUAACCACUUAAGCAAUUAAUUUCAAAUAAAUGAGAAUAAAAAAUAAACUAAAAGAAACGGAAAUGCAUUAACAAUUGUAACAAGAAGUUAAUAAACAAAUAAAGCAAGUACACAGCUGUAUAACGUCAUGAAAUUACUGUUAAAUAGGAUCAAGGCUUGCGAUUUGUAAACACGUGAUUACUCGGCUGGCGUGGAAGAGUGCUUUAUGUCAUUAUAGAACCAGAUAAAAAAAUGUAUACAGAAAAACGAAAAAAAAAGUGAAUUAAAUUCUAUAACUCGUAGUUCAACGUAAAAGAACAUAUCUCUAAUCCUCAUUAUUUUUCUCCUCCCUUCUCGAAGAUAACUGUAUAAAAUUACAAAUUAUAACGCUAAUUGUUAGAGUUCAAUUGACUCUAGAGAUAUCCAUUGACAUAUCGAUGAAUUUAUUAUUUCAAUAAUUUCAUCUCCCUCUAUUCUUUAUUCAAAUGAAUUACUGAAUUUUAUACCAAUUGUAGAACGUAUUCCUAGCCAGUGCUAAUAGCAAUAACUCAGAUUAUCUAAUUAUCACUACUAUUUACUGGAAUUAUUACUAAAGCUAUUUAACAAGUACUGUCUGUCUGUCUAUUCCUCUGCCUCUGAUGUUGAAAUCAACUCCAUUCGUCGCUCGCAAUAAAUUUUUUUUAUUUCAAUUACGAUAAAUUGUUACAAUACUUUUCAUUGUGAAAAUUUGAACCGAGAAUUUUCUUCCAAUUGAACACUGUCUUACCUUCCACUCCAACGUAACUUAUUAAUCAAUCCGAAAGAAAUGAAAAAAUAAAAAUAAUGAAUUCAAAUGAACAAAAAGUGCAUAAGUAAAUGGGUAAUUUAAAGAAAAAUAUUGUGAUAAAUGUAGAAUGACGUGAACUCAGAUCAUGAGAGAGAGAGAGAAAGAGAGAAUUAUAAGAUGAUUAGAAAUGGAGAUGAGAGUGAUCAGCUAAUGGAAACUCGGGGUCCAAAAUCCUCGGACGAAUCAUUAAUUAUAUAUUUUGUAUUUGCGUAGUUGUGCGAUUAAUAAUAAUAAAAAAAACAGUGAAGAGGACGAUGAACUAAUGGUGAAGAAGAACUAUAAUUUCUCCUCGAUUUAUCAUUUACAAAUGAACAUUGUUGUGUACUUGUAAUUGUGAAUUAAAAUUGUUGAUUAGUUGCUGUAUCUCUGAUUUAUCACCAUCAUUUUAUUAAAAACAAAACUAGUUUGCUCAAACUUCUUCGGCAGUUGUGAAUGAUAUUUAUUUAAAGCAGUUUAAUCAUCAUUUCUUCGUCAUCGCCAGACACUUCAUGAUGUUGUAAAUGUUACGAGAAGUGAAGCAAGAUAAAUGUCCAAUACUUGAUGAAAAUUAAAGCGAAUUCUCACGUUUUUCAUGAUAAUCGAGCUUCAAAGAUCAAUUAAUGAGAGAAGUAACGAAUAAAAAUGACGAAAUUGGUGUGAGAAUUCUAGAGAGGAUAUUUAAUCAUCUCGGUUAUUUAUUUUUGUCCCAAAUGAACAAAAAAGACAUUAAAUAAUGAAAAUAGUAUCUCAUUUUUAUAGAAUCUAUUUAUUUACUGAUUUUUUGAAUCAACGUUUUAUGAAUUGACGUAUUGUAUAUAAAGGACUCGUAAUUUAUUCGUUGGCUCUAUGAGAUUGUGUGCUAGAGUCGAUAGAAUCGAUGAUUUGUCAUCACUGAAUAGUAAAUAAACUCGUGAUGCCAAAGGAUCAUUUGGCGAUUGAUUGAAUAGAAAUUCAGAAUUAAUAGAAAAGUCGGGAUAAUACGCGGGAUCAUCGAUACCCGACUAGACCACGGGAACAAGCAACAAAAAAUAAUACUAAAGUAAUUGAACAUAAUUUUCGUGAAACUCCGAGUUGAGCGGGAGAACAAUUAAUCAUUGAAAAUUGAUGAGGAUAACGGAAUGAAAAAUGGAGAGAAUAGAUAUAAAUUACAGAUUACUACCGCUCGAUAGUAAUUUAAUGUUUGUAAGGGCAAUAAUAUUGUAAAUUUCGAGUAUUUGAAUGUAUAAGAUGCAUAAAAAGACAGAUUUUUCUAGAUAAUUGCACUAUGAUAUCUAUUCUAAGGGUAAAAGAAGUGAGAAAUAUAAAAUGAGAAAGCUUCUGGUGCGCACAUCAUCCUCUGAGUUCUCCAAGGGUGGAAUGGGGAUGAGUGUGACGCCAGUGCGCCCCCACAAUCAUCAAUAAUGAAUGCGAAAUCGAAUGCUAUUAUACCACAACGCGAACAGUUAUUUCCUUGGACACGAAUACUGGAGAUAUGAGGGGCGCAAAUUUUAAGAUUCACUACGAUCGAUACACAAUUCUAUCAUUGCAUAAUAAUUAUAUUACCAAUCUUAUUAUUAUCCUUACAUUAUUGUAAUGUUUGUUUUUCGUUAUUAAAGUGUGUAUAUAGAAAAAUAUA